UUCCGUUUCCAGCAAUUUCUCGUCUCGCGGAGUCAACUCUCUCGUGGGGGCCGGCCGGAGACUUCUAGAAGCAACGUGUGCGAGCGUGUGAGUCCACACCGGCGUCGGCGAAGCGCACUCGUCACGGUCUAUUUGAUUUUUGACGACAGCCGAGAUGGCCAAGUGGGGCGAAGGAGACCCUCGCUGGAUCGUAGAGGAGCGAGCGGACGCCACGAACGUCAACAACUGGCAUUGGACGGAACGAGAUGCCACAAGCUGGUCGUCGGAUAAGUUAAAAAGUCUGUUGCUGGGCCUGCGGGUGGAGAGCGGCGAAGGAAGCUGCGAGGUGACUGAGGUGAGCAAGGUGGAGGGCGAGGCGUCCAUCAACAACCGCAAAGGCAAACUGAUCUUCUUCUAUGAAUGGAACCUGAAAGCAACCUGGACAGGUAUGUCCAAAUCGGGAAUAAAAUACCAGGGCUCUGUGGAGAUUCCUAACCUGUCUGAUGAGAACGAUAUGGAGGAUCUGGAUAUUAGCAUUGCACUGAACAAAGAUGAACCGGAGACGCCGCUGGUCCACUUGAUGAAAUCCGUAGGAGCUGAGAAGAUCCGCGAGGCUCUGGGAAGCUACGUGGGCUUAUUGAAAUCAGAGUUCACUCAGGGGAUGAUCCUGCCGACAGCCAACGGCGUGGCGCCGCUGCAGUCGUCCUCGCAGUCCAAAGCCAAGACGGACAAAACUCUGAUUUCAUCAUCAAGUAGCAACUCAGCGCCAGCGGCCAACACGGGCGUGAAGAUUCCCACGUGCAAGUUCAGGUUGACAGAAACGUUCCUCACCAGCCCGGCAGACCUCUUCAAAGUUUUUGUCAACCAGGAGAUGAUUCAGGCCUUCACGCACGCUCCGGCCACAGUGGAGGGAGAGAAAGGAGGAAAGUUUCGUCUGCUCGGUGGAAAUGUUUUGGGGGAGUUCGUGGAGUUGGUGCGAGAUGAGAAAAUAGUCAUGAAGUGGCGGUACAACAACUGGCCUUGUGAGCACUACGCCACUGUGACACUGACGUUGGCGGACCGCAGCAGCGAGACGGAAUUGCGUGUAGAUUGUCGCGGGGUUCCCAACGACGAUGAGGAUCGGACCAAGGACGGCUGGCGCAGGUUCUACUUUGAAGCCAUCAAACAGACAUUUGGCUACGGUGCGCGACUCUUCUGAAACAUCCUUUUUUCUUCAUUUCGACUCAUCAUCAUAGUUACGUUCAGUGACAUUUUGACGUGAACUCGGCGAGGACCGCUUGUUUGUGUUUUUUAGUUUUUGUUCUUCAACUUUAGUUUUGUCCCCAUCGAGUAUUUGUUGUUAAGAGGAACCUCACGAGAACCACUCAAGCAAAUUGGCCUCCACGUCUCUUAGCAAAAGAACCAACGUUGCAUUUAUUUAAGCAAACAAGCAGCUCUGGAAAAAGUUUCUUUUUGUAGGAGCGUAGCGCCGGUGCAUGUUGAUCCUCAUAGCCGCGGCCACUUGCAUAAUGUCCCAGCUUUCAUGGAGGCAUGAUGCGGGAAGAGAGCGUAGCAGACGGAAACAUUCCCGCUGCCACCGCGGGGUUAAUCUAUUUAUAUCUUUUCAUGCUGACGUUGUGAUGGCAAACUAUUGGAAUAAACCAAUCACUGCGU